UCUCCUGCAUGGAGUUAUGGUGUACACACUGCCCUGCCUCUCUCUGACCUAACCAGCUAACUGCUGACCACUGAAUGACUGCUAACGGUGGACUGGGUUACUACCAGACCUGGACUACAACUACUACUGCUGUAGCUAACCUGUUGCUAUCAUAAGACUGGACUACUACUAUUGUAACUUUCCUGCUCUAAUUGUUUCUACAUUAUGGUGGCAUGUACUGCCCUGAAUAUCGUCGAAUCUAACCUGCUAACCGUGGCUAACUGUCGCUAACUGUGGACUGGGUUACUACGUUAGGCCUGGACAACGGCUCUAAGAUCUAAACUGCUGUAACACUGUGACCUGCUGUAGCUAAAUUGCAACAUUGGAUUGAACAAUGGUGCUAAGCCCUCUAACAUUGAGCUGACAUUGCCUCUUUCUCUCUAACCUGCUGCCUCUGACCAGCAAACAGCUAGCUGGGCUAACAGCUAAUUGGGCUUACUGGGCUAACAGCUAACUGGUAACUAGGCUAACUGGUAACUGGGCUAACAGCUAACUGGGAUAACUGGGCUAGCUCCAGCAUGGCCACCACUCUUCUCCUGAUCAUCACCUUCUACCUGGGAUACACACACUCACAGGCUGACGUAUCCAGUCUGAGCCCUCGAACAGUGUUUACGGUCAUGGUGACCGCCGCCUCCUCCUCCAACCUCAGCCCACCGGUCAGCCGUAUAAUCAACACCAACAAGACCGCCCCAACAUCCCCUCCCACCAAUCUAGAGGGGGAGAGGGUGGGCUCCAAUGGGAUCCUUCUGUCUUGGACCAUGCCCUCUGACUCCCGCAUCGACGGUUAUGUCAUCAGGUACAAAGAGGUGUGUCCAUAUCCAGACCCCACCUUCAAAGAGGUGACCAAACACCUGGACAUCCCUGAGACCCUUCUCAACCUCUUCUUACCAGGGUCUACCUAUAACAUCAAGGUUGCAGCAGAAAACUCUGCUGGUAUUGGACCCUAUAGCAAGUCUCUGUACAUCAAAACUGCUGAGGCUCCCCCAGGCCUGGUGACUAACCUGACAGCGUUUGCUGAGAACCACACGUUUGUAGUGGUCACUUGGCUCCUGCCACUCCGCAUCAACGGUCUGAUCACCAAGUUUGCGGUCAAAGCCAAACACGCUCGUACUGGUCAGACCGUCCGCAUACUGGAGCUGGAUGCUGAGGACAUCAUGACCGGAGCGCUACCACACUGCAACGAUGCAGCAGACAUUCUGUCUCGUGGGACCCCCAGUCCGUCAGAGGUGACAGCUCUGACAGCGUCCUCUCCUCCCGUCACCCUGUCAGCCGUCCCGCCCGCCGCCACCUGGGCUGUACCAAUAUCCGUAGGGGUGGACCAGCUGCGACCUUACACAGCAUACGUCUUCGAAGUGUCCGCUUUCACCUCCGACGGAGAGGGACAGGUCGCCUCCACCAUGGUCCGCAUGCCUGAGUCAGCCCCAGAGGACCCCCCCCACAACCUGUUGGUAUGGAACGUGACGUCUAAGUCGGUCUCCGUCUCCUGGGAUCCCCCAACCAUCGUUACCGGACGUUUCAGCUACGUUAUCUAUCUCUACGGCCCCACAGGGUUUAUCUAUGAGAACAGCACAUGGGACCUGAGGUUUGUGUACUCUGGUCUGACACCCUACACACGCUACAGAGUGGCGGUGCGGGCCAAGUCUGCUGGCCUGCUGGGGCCUGAGGCCUUUACUGCUGUACUGACACCUGCUGAGGCUCCCAGUGCAGUGCAGGCUCUGCAGGCAGUAGCAGUAGACUCUGUGUCGGUGCGUGUGAGUUGGAGAAGUCCUGCCCAGCCCAACGGUCUGAUCACACAGUACAGACUCCUGGUUCUUUCUGACAACACACUGCUGCAGGACAUCACCCUCACUGGAACACAGGAUCUAAAUUACACUGAUCUCCUUGGUGAUGGAACGUUUGCUGCUGUUAUCCCUGACCACUCUCUCCGGCGUAAGAGAUCAGCUGACAGCCUGACCACCUCCCUACCUGCGUUCACGGUCACCCUCCCCGACCACACGCUCAUCACCGGCAUGACCAGGACUGCAAUCAGCCGCACACACAGCGCUCCAACCAGCCCUAACACUAACUUUGAGCACAUCAGCAACACUGACCCUACAGUCACUGAGGGCUCCAGUCUGGCCAGUAUGGCCCCUGGGACUGGCCAGACCUCUGACUUUCCAGACUCCACCCCUCUGACCUUUGACCAUGUGACUUCAGGGACCUCUUCACUCUCCCUAACCAUCUCACCCCCGGCCACACCCCUCCCCUGGCUCACUGCCCACCCACAGCCCAGCCAGCUCACCUCUGGCAAGCCCCACCUCUCUACCCGCUCUGCACCUGCAGCCACUGGACACCUCCAGACACUCCUGACAUACCUCUUUACCAGGGCUGCUGCAUCCAGCACCCCAGGAAGUACUGCACUCACCACUAAGUGUGUUACCACUGCUCUCUACAGUCUGUCCUUUACACCGUGUGUGUGUGUGUGUGUGUGUGUUCCAGGAGUGUAUGUGAGGGACAAGGUCAUAGACAUGCAGGCUAAGGAGCUGUCUUACCUAGUCUCUGGUCUCAGUCCCUUCACUGACUACACCUUCACUGUUACCGCGGCUACUACUAUUGGAGAGGGACCUGCAACACGCGUCACUGAGAAGACUCGCGAACAGGUUCCUAGCUCAGUGGUAGGAGUGUCCUAUCAGAAUGUUAGCUCCACCUCUAUCCUGGUCAGCUGGACUCUGCCCCUCAACCCCAAUGGACGAAUCACACACUACACUCUCUACGGACUCAACCUACACAGCAACCGGGCCCUGCAGAGAAUUACACACAACACCAGCAUACUGCUCACAGGGCUGGAGAAGUAUACAGGUUAUAAAUUGCGAGUGGCUGCAUCUACUGCUGUAGGAGAGAGCUCUCUGUCUGACCUAGACGAUAUUUUCGCUGUCACACCUGAGGAUGAACCUGACACCCCGCCUGUAGGGUUAACAGUGGUAGACACUUCUCCCUCCACCACCACCCUCUCUUGGUCGCCCCCGGAGAGAGCCAAUGGGGUGAUCCAACAGUAUGAGGUUCUGUACGAGAACCAAUCGUAUGUGGCAGUGUUGAACAGCUCUGUCCCCAGAGUGACUCUGACAGGGCUAAGGCCGUUUUCAUACUAUAAUGUCUCUGUCAGAGCAUACACACGCAUUGGACACGGGAACCACACCUCAGACACACUCACUAUGCUGUCUGGGGAGGACGUCCCGGGUAGUCCUUCCUACGGCCUGUCCUACGUGUCUGUCAGUUCCAAUGAGGUGAACGUGACAUGGGAGCACCCCCUGGUGCCCAACGGAGUUAUCACACACUACAGCCUUGAGCUGCGAAACUCCUCCCACUUCCUCAACCUGACCACACCCAUCAACCACGCCCAGAUCACACACCUGAGGAAGUUUGCACAAUACACUCUGGUGGUGAAGGCACACACACGUAUUGGCUCCGGAAACCACAGCAGUGACCCUCUCAACAUUACCACUCUGGAGGACGGUGAGAGCCUCUCAAACAUCACACACACACACACACACACAGUACUUCUCUUCACAGGGCUGUACUUACAGAUGAGACAGAAUGCAGACAGACCUUCCUUCUUCCAGUCCAUUUCCCCAAGGUGGUGUGGUUUUCAGUGUGUCUGUGUUUUGGUUCUAAUCAAUGGUAAGUUUGUUUCAGAACCAGACACUCCCCCCCAGUUUCUGCUAGCCAGGACAUUUUCAGACUACGAGGUACAAUUGUCAUGGGAACCACCGAAAGAGGCCAACUCUGAGAUCCUCUACUACAUAGUCAGAGUCUGGAAUGAGUCGUCUGAGGUGUGGCAGAACGUGACAGAUACAGCUGUGGUUAUCAGUGUUGACUCAGAGAGUCUCUACAAUGCCUCUAUCUCCAGCUGGACACGCCUGGGGGACGGGGGAGUCCUUAUAUACAUCAGCUUCAGUACUAUUGACACAGUGCCGUUUGACCCUCCCCAGAAUGUGUCGUUGGUGAACCUGACCUCUUCCUCGGUGACCAUGCUCUGGCAACCUCCCACUCAGCCAAAUGGAAUACUCCUGCACUACACUCUGUACUACUCAGACAAUACCACGGUCACAGAACAGCAUAUCCCAGUGUCAGAGCUGGACCCUGUCUCCCCGGGGGAGGACCUGUCCUACCGUUUGUCUGGCCUGAGAGGAGGACAGAACUACAGCCUCUGGCUGACCUCCAGCACCCUGCAGGGGGAUGGGGGGGUCCAUACUGAUCCCUUAAACCUACUCACCCCAGAGGAUGCCACCGGACCUCCAGCCCACCCUGCCUGUCCUGCCCUGCCAAGCCCAGCAGGGCUCACUGCCCUGGGCUCAGACACCCACACACCGCCCUCUCUCCUCCACCCAUCCAUCCACAUUACCAGCCUCUCAAUCUGCCUUCUGCCCAGUGAUCCGGUCCACAACCUCAGUGCUCAGAUCUUCAGUUCUACGGCCAUCAUUCCUGAACCCCCUAAACCCAACAGCAACCCCCGGACCCCCGCUGUCAACAAUACCAUCACCAAGAUAACCAAUGACAACGUCUUCCUGUUUACCAAACUCAGGAAGUACUAUCCCUACGUCUUCACUGUUACCCCGGCAACCAGUGCCGGCCCUGCCCACAACCACACCAGCCUGCUGCACGUAAGGACCGAUGAUGAUAUACCCAGUUCAGCUCCAGUGCUGGUGUCCAGUAGGAACCUGUCGUCCUCCUCAGUGUCUGUGGUGUGGCAGCGCCCCCUGGAGACCAACGGAGAGAUAACUGACUAUUCCCUCACCCUGUUCGGCCCUGGAGGCUCCAACACCACACACACCCCCAACACCACCCUCACACUCACACUGCUGCUGCCCUACACAGCCUACAACCUCUCUAUCACCGCAGCCACCCGCAAGGGCUCCGGACCCCCGCUACUACUGAUGCUGCACACAGACGAAGCAGGUCCGAUGUCUCCUCCCCGGAACCUGUCUCUGUAUAACCACACAGCCUUCUCUGUGUGGCUGACCUGGGAACCCUCUCUGGAACCCAACGGUGUGGUCACACACUACGGCUUCAGGAUCCUGGAGAACAACACAAACACACUCACUUACCAGAACUCUACAGGUCCGUGGACAGAAGGACAGCUGAGUGGGAUCCGGCCUCACAGCUCCUAUGAGAUCAGUGUGUUUAGCUACACCAGAGUGGGUCAUGGAGAUCAGUACAGCACUCCUGUGUCCUUCACAACCAAUGAAUCAGUGUCAGAGGUGGUGGGUAACCUGUCCUGCUCUGGUCUGGGCUGGGACUCUGUGUUUCUACACUGGGAGCCUCCAGCCAACCCCAAUGGACUCAUCCUGUACUACCAGGUGGACACACGCUCACAGGCAUACAUACACCAGGCUUACACAAACCAUUACACGGUCAGCGGGCUGGCGCCGGACACAGAAUUCACACUCACCGUGACGGCUGUCAACUCUGCCGGCCCAGGAGACCAGGUCAACUGUACUGCCUACACACACCCCGAGUCAGUUCCUGGUGUCCCUCGCUUCCUGAGUGUGUCAGAGGCCACAGCCACCAGUGUAACGCUCCAAUGGGCUCCUCCCCUCUCUGCUCCGGGCAUGCUCACUGAGUACCGCAUCACCGUGCAGCUGCUGUCACCCGACUGCCAGUCUGACACACCCCUAGCUGAGGCCACACCCCUGCCAGAGCCGACCGCUGCCCUGGCUCCAGGCUGCGUCCAUCAGGAUGUGUUGGUGUCAGUGAAUGGUUCUGAUGGUGGUGAGGGCAACAGGAGCAUCACUCUACAGUCUCUGGCCAAGUACCGCCUCUACCGCUUCAGAAUCACAGCCCUUACGAAUGCUGGGCCAGGAGAACACACACCCUGGAAAUACACACAUACACUGGCUGGGAACCCUGAUGCCCCUCCCAGUGACCUGUCAGUGACCAUGUCCUCCAACAGCCUCCGUAUCCAAUGGCAACUCCCAGAUGUGAUCACCGGCCCCACCUCCUACCUCGUAGAUGUCCUCUCUCUGGAUAGCGAGGGGUUAAACCAGUCUGUGGUACGCAGUCCAGAGGAGCUGAGGAUUGUAGUUGUGUCAAACCUGACUGCGUUCACUCGCUACUCUGUGACCGUGACCGCCUUCACUGGAUCACUGGAGAACGCACGGCGGGACGGACAGGCCACUGAGCCCACUGUCAUCAGAACAAUGGAGGAAGAGCCCAGGGAUCCUCCUAAGAAUGUGACCCUGCAGGUGAUUCCGGAGGAAGUGACCCGUGUGUUUGUGACCUUUGCCCCCCCUGAGGAACCCAAUGGGAACAUAAGUUCCUACACGGUGCUUGUCUACCGCCAGGGCCAGCUAGAGAUGACCAUUAACCACCUCAAUGUGGUCAAAAACAAGAACCGCACCCUGACCGCAGUCAUCGACGGGCUGAAGGGAGGCUACAACUAUAGUAUACGGAUUGCAGCAGUAAACGGAGCAGGUUUAAGCCCCCCCAGCUCAGAGGUUCGGAUCACUACUGGAAUCAUAGCUCCUGCCAAGCCCACCCAGAGACCUCAGGCUGUGCUGGACCGAGGAGGAGUUGCCAUGGUAACCUCCAGGAGCAUCAUUGUUCACAUGCCAGCCUGUUUCUACAGCGAUGACAACGGACCAAUCAGUAGCAUCCAGAUCAUCGUGGCAGAAUCUGGGGUGAUGGACAGCAGGAACCUAACCAACUGGAAGAUCGCAUUCCUCUCUCGUCCCGCCCCAUACCUGACUGACAAUGGCUUCCCGAACCCACUCUGUGUGAGGGACGGCAAAAGCAGGGACACACACACACAAACCAGCAGACACAACAACUCACAGAUUAGACACAGAAUUGUGAGGGACAGGGUGCUGGACCGUAGAGACCACCAGGAAGACCACUAUGUUAUCGGAGAGGAGGGCAACUGUCUGACGGAGGAGUACAACACACUCUGUAACGGACCCCUCAAACCAAACACUGUCUACGUGUUUAAGUUCCGAGCCACCAACAUCCGAGGCCAGUACACAGACUCUGACUACUCUGAGCAUAUCAGAACCGCAGUGGAUGGGUUGUUGACCAGAGAUGAACAGAUCAUUCUGGGAGUUCUCCUCUCCUUCUUCCUGGCCGUGCUACUCAUCAUCAUCAUCUAUGCCUCUGUCAGGAUCCGUCAGCGUCAGAAGGAGGGAGGGACCUAUUCUCCCCGGGAGGCGGAGAUUAUAGAGACCAAGUUUAAACUGGAUCAGAUGAUCGCUGUGGCCGACCUGGAGCUGAAGGAAGAGAAGCUACACCGGCUUCUCAGCUACAGAAAGUCUCUCAAGCCCAUCAAUAAGAAGUCUUUUCUGCAGCAUGUAGAGGAUCUGUGUGCCAACGAGAACGCCAAGUUCCAGGAAGAGUUCGCAGAGCUACCCAAACUGCUGCACGACCUGGCUACAUCAGACGCUGACCUUCCCUGGAACAGAUCCACGAACCGCUUCACUAACAUCAAACCCUACAACAACAACCGUGUUAAGCUGCUGUCUGAACCUGGCUUGCCUGGAUCUGAUUACAUCAACGCUAGCUUCAUCUCAGGCUAUCUGUGUCCCAGUGAGUUCAUAGCGACCCAGGGUCCUCUCCCCGGUACUGUGGCUGACUUCUGGAGGAUGAUCUGGGAGACUCGCACACAAACCAUUGCUAUGCUCACACAGUGCUAUGAGAAAGGAAGGAUCCGGUGUCACCAGUACUGGCCAGAAGAUAAUAAGCCGGUGACAGUAUUUGGGGACAUCAUCAUCACCAAGUUGACAGAGGACAUCUAUCCUGACUGGACUGUCAGGGCUCUCAAAGUGGAGAGGCAUGGGGACUACAUGGUGGUUCACCACUUCAACUACACCUCCUGGCCAGAGCAUGGUGUACCAGAGUCCAGCACCACACUCAUACAGUUUGUUCGAGCCAUCAGAGCCAACAGGCAUGAGAACACUACUAUAGUGGUGCACUGCAGUGCUGGCGUGGGCAGGACAGGAGUGUUUAUAGCGCUGGAUCACCUGAUCCAACACAUCAGUGAUCACGACUUUGUGGACAUCUAUGGUCUGGUGGCUGAACUACGCAGUGAGAGGAUGUGUAUGGUGCAGAACCUGGCCCAGUAUAUGUUCCUACACCAGAGUACUCUGGACCUGCUGAACAGUAAAGGAAACAGCCAGUCCAUCUGGUUCGUUAACUACUCUGCUCUGGAGAAGAUGGACUCACUGGACGCUAUGGAGGGUGAUGUUGAACUGGAAUGGGAGGAGACUACGAUGUAAAGGCUGAGAACUUCUCAGUCAACUUCACACCUGAUAAACACACCUAUUCCUGAGUCAUGGGGCCAAAUCCUGGACAUACUGACUGUUUGUCAGAUGGAUUGGUCAACCAG